CCAUGUGACUUGUGACAUCAUAGGUCCUUCUGCUGGAAGGGAAGAAGCUGCUACACUAUCCGUAUUCAACAUGGAUGACUCACGUAGGUCUCAGUGUUACACAAUAUCACUGACCAUGAAGAAGAAGUUGCCUGAGCGGAUCCUUAAUCACAUCCUGGAGAUUCUCUACCUGCUGACGGGAGAGCGUGUGACUAACUCACUGACAGCGAGUGACAUGACCGGGGACAAGAUGACGACAGAGAGGAUACUGACCCACACCCUGCAGAUCAUGUACCUGCUGACAGGGGAGGUGCCUAUAAAGUGUGAUGAUGUUGCUGUGUAUUUCUCUAUGGAGGAGUGGGAGUAUAUAGAGGGACACAAGGAGCUUUACAAGGACGUCAUGAUGGAGACUCACCAAGCACUAAGGACUAAUGAGAUCCCAGGAAAUGAGAGCUCAGAACUAACAGGUCACAGUGAUGAAAAUCUAGACACAGGAACACAAAGAGAACUUGUACAGGAUAUUCAGCCAUCAGAUGUCUCUGCAAGUGAAAAUGAUGCUAAGAUUUCAUGUAACACGGAACAAACAGAAGAUCAGUGGCAAAGAAAUAUGCCAGAAGCAGCAGAGCAGGAAAUAUGUGAUAAUAUAAGUACAGGGGAAUUCACAAACUCCAAUAAUCCUAGUCAUGAUCAGAGUGCAGAUGCUUCUUUACAUCUUCUUCAAAAUCAAAGAAGCCACCUGGGAAAUUUAUGUUCUGAAUGUGGGAAAUGUUUUCUUAAGAAAUCACAGCUUCUUAAACAUCUAAAAAAUCAUACAGGAGAAAAUCCAUUUUCCUGUCCUAUAUGUGGGAAAUUUUUUAAUCAUAAAAAAAAUCUUGUUGCUCAUCAGAAAAUUCAUACAGGAGAAAAAGGAUUUUCAUGUUUUUACUGUGGGAAAUGUUUUAAUCAGAAAUCAAAUCUUAUUACGCAUCAGAAAAUUCAUACUGGGGAGAAAAGAUUUUCAUGUUCUGACUGUGGAAAAUGUUUUAACCAGAAAACACAUCUUCUUAGCCAUCAGAAAAUGCAUACAGGGGAGAAAGGAUUUUCAUGUUCUGACUGUGGAAAAUGUUUUACUCUGAAAUCAAAUCUUAUUAGGCAUCAGAAGAUUCAUUCAGGGGAGAAAGCAUUUUUAUGUUCUGACUGUGGAAAAUGUUUUGCUCUGAAAUCAACUCUUCUUAGCCAUCAGAAAAUCCAUACAGGGGUGAAAGCAUUUUCAUGUUCUAAAUGUGGGAAAUGUUUUACUCGGAAAACAACUCUUAUUAAGCAUCAGAAAACUCAUAUUAAAAGAAAUCAGAGUUUAACCUUGUGACGGAACCCGGCUACCCCGACUGGGUAGCUCUGCCAAAGGAUCUUUCCAACACCUGGAACUUGCCGCUAUGUAGCAGAGAAGAGUGAUUAUAGCAGGAGCCCACCCAAAUAACUAGACAGACUAGCAUUCAGGUGAAACAAGAACUGACUUUUAUUGGGAAAACACACAGUUUAUAUACACAAUCUCAUCUAGAUAAGAGCCUUAUCAGUCCCCUAAAUCUCCCGCCAUUCCCUCCCCUCCAGACAGGCUGGCGCCAUCCAUAGAGUCCAUUGUUCCAUAGUGUCCAGCGGGUUAAGGAUGGUGGUUUCGGGGGGAUCCCGGGGGAGCACUUCCAGGGUGUAGUUGGGAAGCAUUCGGACCCCAGCUGCUAUAGUCCAAAAAGCGACGUGAUCCAUUGCUGUGGGCCGGAGCUAUGGGUGGCUAAACAUACACCGGGAAGGCCACUGGGGAGUGGGGGUUGUAGAGAGGGGUCCGGAACCUACGGUUCCCAAGGGAGCUCCCCUCCGGCAGUCGCGCCCCACCUCUUGCCCUCCCCAAAGGGUAACAAUUUCCAAGAGAGCGGAGCUCUUGGACAAGGGGCCGCUGGAGCGACCUGGGGUAAGGGAAACUGGAUAUGCGGGACUAUGAUGUGUGACCUACAAACAAAGUAAAUCCAAGGUUUGGGAGAUUGCAGUGGCUCUCAAAAAGCCCAAAUCUGCUUAGAAACAGGAGGGGGGGGGGAGGUAGUAGGGGGGUGGUGGUUUAACCCAUGCAGCCCGGGAUCUGUGACAGCUCCCCCUUUCGAGUUCGGUAGACCCGGCUAGAUCCACACACGGGUCGGCCUGGGGCUGUCCGAGGAGCUAUUCCAUUUCAGUUUGCCGGGAGUGUUCAUCAGCGUUUCCAAUGCUCUUUCCCGGCCUGUACUGAAUGUUAAAGGGCUGCAGCGCUAAACUCCACCGCAGUAAUUGUCCAUUGUCACCAGACACUCUGUUGAGCCAUACAAGGGGGUUAUGAUCCGUGAGGAUGGUGAAAGGCCUCCCAUAGAGGUAGGGCUGCAGUUUCUUAAGGGCCCACACUAGUGCCAAGCAUUCCUUCUCCACUGCUGUGUAGCCUUCUUCCCUGGGCAAUAGCUUCCGGCUGAUGUAAGCUAUGGGGUGGUCCUGCCCUUCCUUGUCUACCUGGCUAAGGACUGCUCCCAACCCGAACAUGGAGGCAUCUGUGUGGAUACAAAAACGUUUGGGUUAGGAGUGGCUAGGACAGGGGCAGAGAUCAAGGCAGACUUGAGGCUCUGGAAGGCAGUCUCACAUUCUGGGGACCACAGGAAGUCGCUUGCGUGUUAGGUUGGUUAGGGUUUUGGCCAGGGCACUCUAAUUGGGGACAAAUUUACUAUGUAGUGGAGAAGAGUGAAUAUAGCAGGAGCCCACCCAAAUAACUAGACAGACUAGCAUUUAGGUGAAACAAGAACUGACUUUUAUUGGGAAAACACAGUUUAUAUAUACAAUCUCAUCAAGAUAAGAGCCUUAUCAGUCCCCUAAAUUUCCCGCCAUUCCCUCCAGACAGGCUGGCGCCAUCCAUAGAGCCCAUUGUCCCAUAGUGUCCAGCGGGGUAAGUAUGGUGGUUCCGGGGUGAUCCCGGGGGAACGGCGGCACUUCCAGGGUGUCGUUGGGAAGCCCUCAGUCCCCAGCUGCUAUAGUCCAAAAAGCGACGUGAUCCUAUCUGGGGGCUGGAGCUAUGGGUGACAAAACGUACACCGGGAAGGCCACUGGGGAGGGGGGGUUGUAGAGAGGGAUCCGGAACCUCCGGUUCUCAAGUGAGCUCCCCUCUGGCAAUCACCCCACCUCUUGCCCUCCCCAAGGGGUAAAAAUCCCCAAGAGAGUGGAGCUCUGGGACAAGGGGCCGCUGUAGCAACCUGGGAUAAGAGACACCGGGGAUGGCGGACUAUGUGGCCGACCUGCAGUUCCAGGGACCUGGUCAGCCGGAUAGGGACUAGGUGGUCCAUAUAUAUAUAUAGUCUCUUUCUCUCCUCCCCUCUCUCUCUCUCCUCCCCUCUCUCUCUCUCCUCCCCUCUCUCUCUCUCCUCCCCUCUCUCUUUCUCUCUCUCCUCCCCUCUCUCUCUCCUCCCCUCUCUUUCUCUCUCUCCUCCCCUCUCUUUCUCUCUCUCCUCCCCUCUCUCUCUUUCUCUCUCCUCCCCUCUCUCUUUCUCUCUCUCCUCCCCUCUCU